AUGUUCGCAUUAUCACGUCCGCAGUCGGCCGGUUCCAUUGGUGACUCGUCGAUGUCAUCCACGUUAAGUUUAUGUGGUGAUGAUCAGCAGCAAACACCAGUCAUAUGGGCCUAUGAGAAAGGUCAUGAUCAGAUUGUUGCAUUGCUGAAGCACUAUGCCAACAAGCGACCAGAUUCAGAUGUAUGCUCUGAAUAUAGGUAUAUCCUAUUAUCAUACGCAAUGAAAGCGAUCAAAUUUGAGAGCUGA